CUAUUGUGUUGUAAUAGUCUUACUGGAGAAUUGAAGGUGUGUCUCUGCCUUUAUAAAUACCACACUGCUUUUACAAGUAGCUCUGAUUCUUUUGAACGAGCCGAGCUUCAUCCUACUGAUAACUCCAAGUACUGUGCAAGGUAUAUAACAAGCUAAACAAAGGCCAUGAAGAUCAAAAGCUUUGGACUUCUUUGUGUGCUGAUUCUGGUCUCUCAGAUGCUACUAGCUAAUUGUGAAAGACAGAAGGAAAGAAAAAAAGAAAGAAAAGGUGUAGAAAAGGAUGGAAAAAGCCAAGCUGAAUCUAACCAACAGAAUGAAAAGGGAAAGAAGUCAAAAGGAGGAAAGGCAUCACCUAAAGGCAAGUUUAAAACCAAAGAAAAUGCUGAGUGCACCUGGGCGGUGACUGACAUCAGUGCUGCUACUGUGCACAUAGAAUGCAAGAAUGGUGAAAACAAGUUCUGGUGUGAAUUCUCAGGAGACCCUUCCAGCUGUUCACAGUAUGCAGCAAACCAGAAAUCCUACUGGAAGCAAGUCUCCCGAUCCCUAAAGAAACAAAAGCAGAUCUGUCAAGACCCCAAAAGUGUCCUAAAAUCUAAAGUUUGUAGGAAAGGCCCACAAACUGCUCAUCUCAAAUUGACAAGUUCAAGCCUGCUAAUGUCAGUGGGUCGUGUGAAAGGGAAUGCAACUCAUCAUGCAAAGGAAGGUGCACAAGCUUCAGCAUCUGCUUCUAUCACUAAAAAGCAACCAGAACAAAAUUCCCAAGACUGUGUUGAAGAUAUAGAUUAUAUUGAUCAGAGAAAGGUGGCUGAGGAAUACUGUCCAGAAAGCUUGCUCUCUUUUUGCAACUUUUUUAUUACAAUGGUACAAGACAAAAAAUGCUGA